AUGACUCCUUCUAACCAAGGCGGCGCUGCAGCGAAAAGUAGCAUCGUGCACGAGUCCUACACCAUCAAAGAGGGAUUAAAGAUCAUUGAGAGGUUCUUCUCCGUUCCUUUGGAUUACAGCAAACCAAAGGGAGAAAGGAUCACGAUUUUUGCGAGGAAUGUGAUACCUAAAUCCAAGGCACCUAAACAAGAGGAUGAGGCAAAAUUGCCUUUUUGUGGACCUGGUUUCGAAAUAAAUCUGCCUUCCAGUGGUGGUUACGUUGGAGAGAUACACGACAAGGGAUACCAGACACUUUGGGUCGAUCAGAGGGGAACAGGAUUGAGCACGCCUUUGUCACCCGAUACUUUACCAGAACAUGUGAAAACCGACGAGGAGAUUGCACAGUACCUGAAACAUUUCCGAGCGGAUAAUAUCGUAAGAGAUUGUGAAUUUAUCCGGUUGGAAUUGUUAGGGCACAAAGAAUUACCAGAAGACAAAAAGUGGACAUUAUUGGGUCAAAGCUUUGGUGGCUUCUGUGCAAUUACAUAUUUGUCAUUCCACAGCGAGGGCGUGAAGGAAGUUUUUAUCACCGGAGGCUUAGCCCCUUUGGUAGAACAACCUGACCUGGUGUACGAGACUGUAGUCCACCAAGUUCUCAAGCGCAACGAGGCUUACUAUAGAAAGUAUCCACAGGACAUCAAACGCAUACGGGAUAUCCUUGCUUACCUGGACUCGACUGAAGUUAUCCUUCCUAAUGGGGGGCAGUUGACGCCGCGUCGAUGGCAGCAACUAGGCAUUAACUUCGGGAUGCAUGGUGGUAUUGAUUCUGUUCAUCAACUUGUCUUCCGGGCCUCCAACGACCUGGCUCUUUUUAAGAAAAUUUCUUACAAAACUCUUCAAAGCAUUCAGAACCAACAAACGUUUGAUGGAAACCCCUUAUAUGCCAUUUUGCACGAACCAAUAUAUUGUCAAGGCCAAGCGGCAAACUGGUCAGCAGCUCGGACAGUACAGAAUUUUGAUAGCUUCUCUUGGCAGAAAGUUAAAGCACAAGACGAUUCUUCCCCCAUAUUCUUCACAGGAGAAAUGAUCUUUCCUCAUAUGUUUGACGACUACACCAAUCUUCGCCCAUGGAAAGGUGCUGCGGAGAUUCUAGCCAGGGAUUCAUCUUGGGGUCCUCUCUAUGAUCUGGAUCAGCUCAAAAAGAAUGAAGUGAAAGUUUCUGCUGUCACAUACUUCAACGAUAUGUACGUGGACUUCAGUCUUGCACAAAGAACUGCGGCGACAAUACAAAACACGGAACAAUACAUUACGAACCAACUCGUUCAUGACGGCAUCCGCAAGGACUCCGUCGAUGUUAUGAGAAAGCUAUUCAAACUCUCCAAACGAGAAUUUGAUUGA